GAAAAAAUUGAGAUAAAAGAGAAGAGACAUAAAUGAUAUUCAAUAUGUCAAGUGAAACACGCGUGGAGUGGGCAUUUCUUAAGUUUGGGGUCAUAAGGGCGCGCUCAACGAAAUCCACAUUGUUUGUUCAUUAAACGUCGGAUGCUUUCUUGCUUUUAUUUUCCUUUGGCGGAAAUUGUUUAAAGAGUUGCUGUUUUUCAGCUAUAGAGAAAAAAAAGAGUGAAUUUCAACUAAGGACGUGAUCCAAGGGAGCGCAAUUAAACAAUGAAGGUUGCUUGCUGUAUGCUGCUGUUAACGAUUGCGCAAAUCAAAGGAACGGCAGAUAAUCUUCGUCUGAUUAAUUCUACUGCUCAUUAUUGGCCCCUAAAUCGUCUUAACGGCCUGACUGAUUUAAAAACCAACCUUACUGGAGUCAAACAUGGUAAAAUCGAGAACGUUCUUUACAGAGGGCCUGGAAACGGCUUUUUGUAUACGAACGGAAGAGCCUGGGUUGACCUUGGAAACUUUACAGGUUCCUGCAUUGCGGAACCUUCAAGAUGCAGAGAGGCCUUAACAGUUUUUCUAUGGCUGAAAUAUUACCCAAAUAGGAACAAGAGAUAUUUCGUGGGAACCUCGAGUCACCUGACAUACUCAGAGGGUUUUACAAUAUAUAAGGAAUCAGAUGACAUAGCGAACAACACCAUUGUCCUUAAAGUUAACGAUGGGCAAAGAGAAUGGAAUGGGUCUUUAACCCUUAAACCAAAAGUAUGGUCGCACGUGAUGUUCACGUGGGAGCCAAAAUCGGGACUGGCGAUAUUUCAGAACUGCAACCAGAUUGCCCUGGCCUCACCAAGUAAGGUUGAAACGUCAAGGAGAAACAACCGAUCAAAUGUCUUAGAACACCAUUUGAGUUUGUCCGGGGCACAGAUGAGCCAUCCUGAUGUUGGUGCUCGAGCUAUGUACGAAGAUCUAACAGUGCUUUAUCGAAAGAUGACGUCUUAUGAGCGGAAAUGGGUUUGCCGUCAUAAGUUAGAAUCUCCAAAACUAAACUCCACUUGUAAAGGUUCCAUGAGAUGGCUGUCAAUCAGAUGGACUCCUCCUCCGAUGACGUAUGACAUACUAACGGGGUACAAUGUAUGGUGGUGGAACAAGUUGUUAAACUGGACAAAGUUUAUCUCAGGGACCGAGAAACUAACGCUAAAUUUCACUGAUCUUGACCCCGGAUCGUUGUACAAAUUUCGCAUUCAGAAUGCUUUACGUAUGGCUGUUGGAGCAUCAAGCGAGAUAGUUGAGUGCUGGACCAAAAGAGAAGUUUUAGGCCAUCCUCUAAACCUCACUGUGGAGAUGAAGUCACACGUUAAUGUCUUACUAAAAUGGACAGCGCCCUUAGAAAGUUAUAAGGAUAUCAAGGGAUAUAAGAUCAGGUACAAUGAGGUAGAGUCCAACGAAGAACCCACAGAAAUCAAGGCGGGGUCCUCAACAUCAUUUCUCCUUACUGGACUGCGUAUGAACACAAAGUACAUGGUGCAAGUGGAAAGUUAUGGCGAUAAACGUUUUCUUGACAGUGUUCCUGCAGUGAUAACAGUAGAGACAGAAUAUGAUGAUAAAUCUUCGGUCAAGGAUAAGCUUUUACAAGUGGAUGGAUCCCAAGCUCUUCGGGUUACAUGGAAAAGACCACGUGAAAAAUACAAGGUGUUUUUCUACCGAGCAUUCGUUAAGUGGGAGGAUCUUGAAGGAAUAAAGCACGUCCGCGAGGUGUAUGAUGGGAAUGUUACCUCAUGUGCUUAUUCAAUUAAGGAUAUUCCAAAUAGUCACAACAUGUAUAUCAUGGCGUACGUGGUGCGGCGUAUCGCUCUUGAGCCAAUCAUCGAUUCACCGAUGGAUGUAAGCAUCAUCUCUAGAAGCUGGUCUCAUGUGGUGUUAAACUGGAGCUCACCCUUCUACGGCAGAAGCGUCGACUUUGCUGAUUCAUAUCGCCUGACCAUCAGCUCAAAGAAAGACAAGAUUUCCAUCUUAACCAGUGAGACGCACGCUCGCAUCGAUGGCCUGAAACAGCUGACCAACUAUUUGCUAAACGUGCAGGCUUGGAACGAACUAGGUUUUGGACCGUCUCUGCCCGAAGAUAUAAGCUUUAGAACGCCAGACCACGACGAGUGCGUAGAUGAUACUCACAUAUGUCACGUGAAAGCCACCUGCAUCAAUACUGAAGGAUCGUACUCAUGUGAGUGUCAGCCUGGUUACAUUGGCACAGGAAGAAAUUGUGAAGAAAUCCCGGAAGGGUUAGGCGACGAGUCCUUCUGUCCUAAAGAAAAUUUCGUUGGCAUUGAAUGGAGGAGAACAAUGGUCGACCGUGAAGACGAGGCGGCUUGCCCUGAAGGGACAGUCGGCGUGGCCUUGCGGCGCUGCACUGGAACUCCCGCGGUCUGGCAACUACCUAAUCUUGGUGAUUGUGUUUCAAAGUGGAUGUCAGACAUCAGUAAACAGCUAAACAAUCCAAACGUCAGUGUAUCUUUGUUAGCCAGUCAGCUUUCAAGCUUGACUGACGUCAAGUCUGGAAAACCAUUGUAUGCUGGCGACCUGAAGUUACUGGUCGAUGUCAUCGGCGUGUUAUCAGAGAGAGGGAUGAGAGUUGAGAAGAACGAAAGUGCAGAGGCUUCAGAGACAUUCGUUAAGGAUGUCGUUGGAACUGCAAGCAACAUUAUACAUGACAAAAACCUUUUGUCUUGGCGGUACAUGCCAAAGGAUUCCCAAACAGAGAAGGCAAGUUCACUGAUUGAUAAUUUAGAUAUGGUAGCUUUGGAUAUGGCCAACACUUCGCAAAGUAAAUCAGCUGAUACGGAAAAUGUUGUGAUUAGCGUGGAGUCGUUACAGAAUGUUGGAAGGAAAAAAGCUCUUGUUAUGUCACAACAAGCGGAGGAAGGAGACGAAACCUCAAUGAAUGCUGUCUCUUUUCCGAUAUCUUGGCUAAUGGGAGAUUCUUCAUUUGAUCCUAGGCCUGGUUUUGCCACCCUUGUUUCCUUCAAAACCCUUGGAUCUUUGCUGACACCAAGGGGAAAGCAGAGUAGACAGACUGACCAGAUGACAAAUCACCCUUUUAUAACCUCUGCCGUCGUAUCUGUAAAUCUUCGUCCACUUGCUAACAAAACGUUCAAGGAUCCUGUGAUGAUAACGUUGGGUCACUCUGUGGACGUCGAGGGGAGAAAGAAUGAACCAUCAUGUGUAUUUUUGGAGACACACAAAAAUAUUAGCUGGUCUGACGCUGGAUGUGAAGUAAAUUCUACAAACGCGACCCAUACCGUUUGUCAUUGUUAUCAUCUCACAAGCUUUGCUGUCUUGAUGAGUGUCAAAGAGGACGUGUCAUCUAGUAUGUCGAGACCUCAUCAGCUUGCGUUAACACUUAUAACUUAUGUUGGAGUGAGCAUAUCUGUCGUAGCAUUAUGCUUGGCGUUCCUGACGUUCUCCUUCUUCAGGUUUUCCAAAUCUGCCCGUACGUUUAUUCACAAGAACUUGUCGGUUGCUCUGAUCUUGGCGCAGUUGCUGUUUUUGUUUGGUAUCAACAAAACUAAAAACGAGUGGGUGUGUAGAGGAAUUGCCAUAGCUUUGCAUUAUUUCUUCUUGGUGGCUUUUGCUUGGAUGGCACUAGAAGGAGUCAUGCUCUAUCUGAUGCUUGUAAAAGUCUUUCACACAAAAACUGCACCAACAAAGAGCAAAAAGAUUUUCUUUGUCGUUGGAUGGGGUUUACCAGUAGUGAUAGUUGCCACUUCUGGAGUCAUGUUUCUUGAGGGAUAUGGUACUCCCGCCUACUGUUGGCUUUCUCUUGAGCGUGGUUUCAUUUGGUCGUUCGUUGGACCAGUUUUAUUGGUACUUGCGUUCAACUUCGUAUGUUUGGGGAUUACUUUUCAUGUGAUGGCCAAGUCUGGACCAUCAAGUAACAGGAAAAGAACAGGAAGGAUACGACGUUGGUCAAAAGCAUGCAUGCUCUUAACUUGUAUUCUUGGUCUUUCAUGGAUGUUUGGAGUGUUCUAUAUCAAUCAAGAAUCACUUUUUAUGGCCUAUUUUUUCACCAUUUUUAACACACUUCAGGGUUUAUUCAUCUUUUUAUUUCACUGCGUUGGAGAUGAAAAGGUUCGCCGUGAGUAUCGUCGAGUGCUAUGUUGUCAUGAAGAAGACAAGCGCUACUUGUUAACGAAACCAUCAAGCUCCGAAUCCAGCAAAUCAAACUCUCAUUCCAAAUCAAAGAGGGGCCAUGUUGACAACUUUAAGGGAAAAAAUCAAACAAUGAGCGAUUCAGCUGACUCACUAGGUACUAUAGAGAGCAAAAGGAAUACGUUUGUUGUGCAUGUCACAAAUGGGCAAGUGCGCGUGCGUGGAGUUUCAACCGGUGAACAAAGUAGGAGUCUUGUAAGAAACUUGCGUCUGAGUGGAGAAAGUGAAUCGAGUUCAGAAAAACCGACAAAUCAUGAUCAGCAUCAUGACAGCAAUAGAAACUCAACAGCGUCAGCAGCCAGUGAGGCAUCAGAAAAUGCGCGACAAAGCGAUAAAGAUGGGCAAGAACAUUAACAGGACACAAGUAAUGGGAACAAGUAGUAUUACUAUGCCUUUUAUGUACAGAUCAUUGCCCUUACUCUCAAAAGCCUGAUGCACGAAACCGCCAUAUGAAGCUGCAGUCCUGCCUCCUCGAAGUAGGUUCCCGAUCAAACCUGUUUCCGAAUUUAAAAUGAGAAUUUUCGGACGACAGGCACGUUGUUUCUGAGAAAUGCAAUCAAAAUGUAACUGACGUAAUACUUUGAUUAGAAAAAGUCUGUCCAAAAAAUUGAUUUCUUUUAUCAAAAAUGGUAAAUAUAAAAAAUCGUUCUAAAUCAUAGAUUUUCUUAAAGGAUUUGGCGGAAGCUUGGUAAAAUUCUUUUGCUGUCAUAAAAAAAAAGAACAGCAAGGGAGGAAGGGAUGGGGAUGCAGUGUAAAUAUGAAAACUAGGCUCUAAGACAGUUUAGACGCGCAGUAGGGGCCGUGAAGUGUGUACCUUGUAAAGAAGAUUUCUUUCCCGUAAUUUCAGAAAUAUUUUAUUGCUAAACAUCCAUGUUUUGUACAUCUCCAAUUAAUAAAGUGUUCAAUAAUACAAUACAA